UUUUAAUUAGAGCAAGAACGAUAGCAGAAUGUGGAAAAUUUUGUUCUUGUUUACGGUCUGUUACAACGGAUUUACAAACGCAUGCCCGAAUGAAUGCGUAUGUCGCGGCAAAACAGUUACUUGUACUGGCCGAAGUCUUACCUACAUACCACGUAACAUACCCCAAGUCACAGAAAGACUGGAGCUACAUAGAAACAACAUAACUCAAAUUACAAGAAAUGAUUUAUCGGGACUUACCCAUCUUCGAAAACUGUAUCUGCAACAGAAUAAAAUCACAACAAUUGACGAUCACGCUUUUCAAGGAUUGAGCUCUCUCAGGACUCUACAACUCGACCAGAAUAUGAUCAACUGCAUCCAAGACCAAACGUUUCGACCACUUCGUAGUCUGGAGGUUCUAACAUUAAAUAACAACAACUUAUCACACGUGUCACCGUUGGUGCUUCGAGGAAAGAUGCCUCAUUUGCGAACUCUCCGACUCCACACUAAUCCAAUCAGAUGCAAUUGCCACAUGGCCUGGCUCGCUGAUUGGCUGUCCGAUCGUCCAACAAUGGCCGUAUUCACCCAAUGCGCUGAACCAAUCAGCUUAAGAGGUUUGAACCUUGCCUCAGCUGAUAGAAGCGAAUUCCUUUGCAACGAAAUCACAGCACAACGCGCACCAACUUGCGAAAUAUCGUCUUGUCCCUCAGCCUGUAUUUGCAGCAAUGGUAUUGCAGAUUGCAGGGAUCGUGGACUUACUGCGCUACCAGCUUCUUUCCCAUUAGAUACAACUGAAUUGCGAUUGGAGCAAAAUCGAAUCCAACUCAUCCCAAGUUUUGCAUUCGCUUCAUACCCACAACUACGCAGAAUUGAUAUCAGCAAUAAUGAGAUUCGAGAAAUUGAAAGAGACGCUUUUGAUGGCCUUACACAACUCACAUCACUGGUUAUUUACGGGAAUCGAAUUUCAUCACUUCCUGCUGGAAUAUUCAGAGAUCUACGGAACUUACAAAUGCUGUUGCUUAAUGCGAAUAAAUUAACAUGCCUAAGAAGAGAUGUCUUCAACGGCCUACGCUCUCUCACAUUGCUGUCAUUAUACGACAACAAACUACAAUCAAUAUCAAGAGGAACUUUCUCCAACCUGAAAUCCAUAGAAACAAUGCACCUUGCACAAAAUCCGUUUAUAUGUGAUUGCCACUUGCGUUGGUUGGUUAGUUAUGUGAAGAAAUAUAAAGUAGAAACAUCUGGUGCACGAUGUGCUGGCCCUCGUAGGAUGGCAAACAAAAGAAUAUCAGUGGCAAAGACAAGAAGAAUGAGAUGUACUGAUUCAAGCAGCUUAACUGGCCCAGCAGCAGAGUGUAUACCUGAAGCAGAGUGUCCAAGUCAAUGCAGAUGUGAAGGUUCAGUUGUAGAUUGUUCAAGACAAGGCCUCGUUACAAUACCUGAUAAUAUUCCACCUUAUGCAUCGGAAUUGAUCUUGAGUCACAACAGAAUAGAAAUGAUCACAAGUGUUGGUUACUUUAAAAAGUUGCGAAACUUAAAGAAAAUUGAUCUUUCCAACAAUCAGCUCGCUGCAAUCGAAGACGGUUCGUUCUCAGGAGCUGAAAGUGUUCUGGAACUUUGGUUGAAUGACAACGUGUUAUCUGAUCUAAGAGGAUCCAUGUUUAGUGGAUUACAUAACCUAAGAACUCUUUUGAUUCGCAACAACCAUCUUUCUUGUAUUGGAAACCACACAUUCGCUGGUUUAUCCACUGUACGCCAUCUUGCCCUCUACUCCAAUCAAAUCACUACGAUUCUCAGUGGAGCAUUCAGCACUAUGACAUCACUAAGCACAUUAAAUCUUCUAUCAAACCCACUUGACUGCAAUUGCCACCUUUCGUGGUUGUCCACUUGGUUGCGCCAGAGCCACGUAGCUUCGGGGAAUCCCCGGUGUGCAGAACCUCGUUUCUUGAGGGAGUUCCCCGUAGCUGAUAUCAACCCUCGUGAUUUCCGAUGUAGCACGGAUCAUGAGGCGCGAGCUGCACCUACUUGCUUGCCUGUGCAGAAGUGCCCAGAGCAAUGCACAUGUGAAGGUACCAUAGUCCGAUGCGCAAAUGCUGGUUUAACAUCGGUGCCUGUUGAUGAUAUACCACAUGAUGUUACUGAGUUGUAUCUGGAGAUGAAUGAUAUUCGUGAAAUACCAGUGGCUAUCAAGAAGUUUAUAUACCUCACUACUUUAGACCUCAGCAACAACGAGUUAGCGAGUGUCAGUGACUGGAUGUUUUCCAACCUAACCCGGUUGUCCACGUUGUUACUCGCAUACAACAGACUACGAUGCAUUCCUCCUAAAGCAUUUGCUGGACUACGAUCACUACGUAUACUUUCACUUCAUAGCAACGAACUUUCAAGUUUACCUGAAGGAGCUUUUAAUGAUUUGACUUCGUUGUCGCAUGUUGGAUUCGGGGCCAACCCUUGGUACUGUGACUGCAACCUACGUUGGUUUAGUCAGUGGGUGAAAUCUGACUUCUUUGAGGCUGGAAUUGCUAGAUGUUCUGCUCCACCAAGAAUGGCGGGUCGUCUUUUGCUCUCGUCAUCACUGGAAACAUUCGUGUGUCGAGAUCCGUUACAAAAGUGCCUCCGACGUUAUAGACGAGGAAGAGGACCUCUGGACAUUGCAAUUGCUGUGAAAUGCAACCCAUGCCUAUCAUCUCCAUGCCAACAUAACUCUACAUGCAGCCACCAUCCAACUGAGUACUAUCAAUGCACUUGCCAGUCAGGAUUCAAAGGCAGACAUUGUGAGAUGCCAAUAGACCCAUGUAUAUUGGAACCUUGUAAUAAUGGUGGAAGAUGCAUUGCUAGAGAUGAAGCAGUUUAUACUUGUGAAUGUCCGGUUGGGUUUAGUGGGGACCGAUGUGAAGUAAAUGUUGACGACUGUACUCCUACCUCGUGCCCAGUGUCGAACGCCACAUGCGUGGACGGUGUGAAUGAAUUCACUUGUAAAUGCCCAGUUGGAUGGAUGGGAAACCACUGUAGUGAACAAAUUCCUGAUCCAUGUACAUUAGAACAACCAUGUCAAAACGGUGGAUCUUGCGUUCUUGUGCAAGAAAUUGAUUCUAUUUCUUACAGAUGCGAUUGUGACACGGGAUACAGAGGGGUUAACUGCACAGAUAGGUUUGAUCCGUGUCGUGACCAUAAGUGUGAGAAUGCUGGUAUCUGCGAAAGGAAUCCACAAUCUGCUAUUGGAUAUCAAUGUAACUGUCAAGGAGAAUACAGAGGUCAAUAUUGUACUUUCCCCAUGAACUCUGUUGACGUCCUUCAAGAUGAUCCAUGUUCUGAUAAUGAUUGUCAACAUGGUUCAUUAUGUUAUGUUGAGCAAGGGAGAGGAUAUUCGUGUGUUUGUCUGCCUGGGUAUACUGGGGAUAAAUGUGAAAAACUUGUAAGUGUGAGUUUCCACCGUAAUGGAAGUUUCAUUAAGAUCCCACAGCCUGGUUUAUUGGACACCAAUUUUACGCUCACUGUUUCGACAACUCAGCCAAAUGGUGUGUUAUUAUAUGACGGGGCUGGUGGAACAUCUCGGGAACAUCUUGCUAUCGAGUUCUUUACCGGGCAUGUCAGGGUUAGUUUCGAUUUAGGAAGUUCCCCCGGUUCAACUAUCUACAGUAGAGUUCCCAUUAAUGAUGGCGAAGCACACAAGGUUGAACUUUUAAUCCGUGACCACAUGGUGUCACUAAAGGUUGACAGCGGUGAAGCAAUUGUUGAACGUAUGACAUCAUCAAUGACAUCAUCAAGUGAGGUCAUUGGAGCAGGGCAGUUUUCUCCACUUUUUAUUGGUGGAAUUCAAACCGAUCUCCUUCAAUCAGCACGAAGGUUGUGGCACAUCAGGAAUACUAACAGUUUUAAAGGUUGCAUCCAUACCUUCUACAUCAACCAAACCCAACUCAUGUUCAACGACCUCAUACCUCAUGAUGACAUCACCAAUGACAUCAGACCUGGUUGUCGUGGUAACGAGGCCGUGCACUCUUGCUCCCUCGAGCGACCAUGUUUAAACGGACAUUGUAUCUUCGAUCAAUCUACGGGACCUGUAUGUAGAUGUGAUGAAGGAUUCACAGGCGACAGAUGCACAGAUAGAGUGACACCAUGUACAUCAAAUGCUUGCCAACAUGGAACAUGUCGUGUGGAUGGAGACAGUUAUACCUGCCAAUGUGAAAAAGGUUUCAGUGGGCGACAUUGUGAUACGUUGGAUUAUUGCGCUGGUGUUGAUUGUAGAAGGGGAAGAUGUGUUUCCACUGAUAUUGGUUAUCAGUGUGUGUGUAAGAAGCGUUAUACUGGAAGACAUUGUCAGACAAGGAUACGUCCAUGUCCAGGAACUCGAAUCAAGCAAUAUUAUCAAGUCAGCAAAGUGAGUAAGAAGUCACGAGCUGUUGGUGGAACAACCAUCUGUAGAAGUAGGAGAAGGUUUACGAACAUGGUUUGCUCUGGUAGUUGCCCCGCUAAUCAUCGCAGACAAACCAAACGUGUUUCAGUAUUUGGUCAAGCAGAUGCUGCGUCUACAUCAUGCUGUAGGCCCAUGCGUGUGCAGAAUAAGAGUAUACGAAUGAAGUGUAGGGAUGGCACAGUAAUGACUCAUGUUCUAAAGAAGGUUAAGAAAUGUGGAUGUCAGUCUUGUUCUUGAAGCGUAUGUUGCAACCUUCUUAUCAAAGGUGUUUCAUGGAACAGUUAGGAGGCCAAGCUGUGGGUGGUCCCAGUGAAGUGUCAUCAGUGCCUCAAAUAUACUUUGUAAAAUAGAAUAAAAGCAAGAAAUGAGCAGCAUAUUUUAAUAGCUCUGCCUUUCAUAAAGUAUUUUCAAUUAUUUGUAAUUUUUAAAUAAAAUUCAGUUUACUUUAAAUAAGACUAGUUCUACAAAGAACACUUUUAACCCCCUGUCAACUUGUUUAUGAAUGUUUUCCGUUACUUCUUAUGCAACCAGUUAUUGCAGUGUAUAUUUUCUCAAUGCGUUUGUGUUAUUAUUUGUUUGUGUCCUUGUAUUUUUUUAAACCUGGCGGUCUAAAAUGGAUUUAUAUUCCAUGACAAUAACGUUUUGUUAUAACUUUAUGAAAUAUGUUGUAUAUAAACCCGCACUGCUGAAUUUUGUUGCGUUGUUAAGAUAAACGUUAAAUAUAUGUGCCAUAAAUGA